AGUCAACCAAUAGAACUUGGUAUUCUAAUCGAAGAAUAAAAGUGAAAUCUUAAGUGGUUCUCCCGGGCGGUAAUAGUAAUACACUAUUUGUUUUGGAACCGCGUCAGAUCUUGGGCUAAUACAGGUGCUAGCUGUCAGAAAAAAAUUGUACCGAUGAUAAUUAUCUAAUUACGCCGAUUUAUUGUACGAAUUGCUCAUAAAAGCCAUUAGUUCAAUUGUUAAACGAUGGAAAAGCAACCGCUAAUUACAGGGAACGAUAAACCUCCGUCUUACGCAGCAGCCACUGCGCCAAUAACUAAUUCUUCGUGGCAAUCACAUCCAGGUUACAAUGCAACACAAUGCGCAGGGUCUACUUCAUGGCCUCCACCUGCAGGGUACUAUCCUAGCGCAAGUGGAACUAAUAAUCACAAUUAUGUACCUUCCUAUGGUUCUACACAAUCAACCACUAUACUUAUGCCAGAAAUAAUUUUAGUUGGAGGAUGUCCUGCAUGCAGAGUGGGUGUAAUGGAAGAUGAUUUUACAUGUCUGGGACUACUAUGUGCAAUCCUGUUCUUCCCAUUAGGAAUAAUAUGCUGCUUACUAUUAAAAACUCGACGUUGUUCUAAUUGUGGUGCCUAUUUUGGUUAAUGUGUUACAUAUUACAGUCUUAAUUCUUAUGCAAUUAUUGUGUAGAUAUGGAGGUAUAUGAGCAAACCGUGGAAUUAGUGGUUAAUUAAUUAACCAAAAAAUUAAUUUUUUACUAGUACUGUGCAUCCACGUAAUUAUAUAUUUAAACUAACAUUAUAAGGAGAAGUAGUGUUCCAAUGAUCAGGGAUGUGUACAAUAAUUGGUAACUUAGUUAAUUGUGGGAAACACAAGUUUGUAAAAUAUUGACAUACAAUUAAAGGGUUCCUCUACACAUUUAAGACUUUGUUCACUUAAGACAAUUUAAGUGGAGCUUGCACUAUUUUGUAAACUUUAUGCAGAGGGUUCUGAUUAAUAUUGUUGCAUUUUAUUAUAACAUAUGUUACUUUAUUACCAUAAUGAAUAGAGUUUGUAUAAAUAAAUAAAGAGUUUAUAUCUGUAUCUAUUUAUAUAAUUGCAUAUUUCAAAAUGUAGAUAUACCAUAGUUUCUAGGUAUGUAUAUUUUUAUCAGGCGAUAAGAGAAGCAAUGGAUACUGUGAAAUAGUUCUAUACUAUGUACUUAGAAUAUGUUUCUAAUGACAAAAAAGCUAUCUCAAACAGAUUUCAUUGAAAUUCUUCUAUACCUAGUAUCUACAUAGAAUUAACAUACAAAGUAUUUUAAAAGACUUUUUAAAAUAACUUAUCAAAGCUUAUAUAUUUUAUGAAAAAUAAAUUCAAUGAAGUUUGUGCCUUAUGUCGCUGUAAAACAGUCUCCUGAUGCAAAAUUAUACAUAAUAUGUUUUCAAAAAUACGUUUGAAUCUCAAAGGAAAUGUCAGCAAGUCUUUUUCCUAAAUGCAAUCAAUUUUGUAAAAGAUGUGUAAGUGUAUAAUGAAACUUAUUAAUCACUCGCAUUACAAUUUAUAUUUUUAAAAAUAAAACAGUAUUUAACUGUA